AUGGAUAUACAUCUACAGCCCACUGCUCCAGUUUAUCUGUACACACCUCAGUUGGGUCGUGUACUACAGGUUAUACCACCACCUCACCCUUUCGUUGAUUUCAACGGCCCAGAAUGUUUUAUCCUCAGUGCUUAUCUGGCGCACAACUACCGUCAGGUCUCUCCGAUAUAUUGUCCAGAUUACAUGUCGGUCAACAGUUUAGACGGUGUUCUACCCGUAGUCGGCACACUCGCAAUUCCUCACCAUGAUGAAACACUGUUUCAUACAGUAUACGAAAAGCAGUUUGGUGACGGUGAUUUCCUUCGGGCUAUUGACACCCAAUUUUGCCGGCCAAACGGGGCAGGCAUGAUCAUUCCAGUGUGGCAAUGUGCAGUGUUCUCGACCGACAUGCCACCUCUUCCCACCCACUUUCAACCAAACAACCAACUGGCUUCUGUGUUCGCGCCUCCCGCCCUCCUAUCAGUUGGUGGGCCAGCUUUGUCUGGUGACUUCGAUUAUGGAUAUGAGCAGGAAGACUAUACCGUAGCUUCACUUGGUUACGCUGAAGAUUCAGUCAUCCCUCCACAAGACACAGAAAUGGAUGACAAAUUAUUUGGGCAGCUCGCUCCUACAGUCACGACAGUGUUUCAUGACGCGUUGAGAUGGACAGGCAUCAACAUUGCGAUUAAUAACGAUGACAGGUCGGCAAUCAAAGCCACGAUGAACAGCACUUGUUGGAGAUGCCCAAUUUAUUUAACGAAGUAUUUUCUCUACGGUGCUUUCUGGCUUGGCUUGGGGAACCCAUUCACCACCACAGAGAAGGAACAACGUGUCAUACUCACCAAUUGCUUCUUGAGCGCAAUAGCUCAUGAUCAAACAACAUUGCAAGAAUUGGUCAACGAACCGGCAUGGUCAGUAAUCUUACAGCAUGCAGUUGCACAUUUUCCCAAGGGAACAUCCAUCGGAUGGGAGGUCAUUCAUUUGCUUUUUUCCAGUACCAUCGAGAAUAGACUGUCAGAUAUGUGUAAGGUAGUCCGGGGAUGCAUCAGACUCGACAACUUCUCUGGUGGUGGUACAGUUCAAGAACAGGAGGCGAGGAUCAAAGCAUUAUUUGAUUCUUUUAACUCAAGUGACCAACAGGAUAUCGAACAAGCUAUUGCUGAACUUGUGGAACUGCAUAUGUUCGGGGAACUCAUGUGGAUGGCAACGUUCCACACUGUGAUCGGCUUGGCUGAGGGUACCCACGAUGGCAGGUUCGCUGACCUUUUUCCUCAAGAAGUUCGAGGGGAGAACUUGGCAUUAGCAAAAUGUUUUGCUGCGACUUUGCUAACCAUAUAUCCCACAUUUAUGAAGACAAUGGUUGGGUUGACAUUCCUAAGGGCUCCGAAUGUGUUGCCCAUGGACCCCAAGAUCCAAGCCCCUAAAGUGUCCGCGUAUGAGAAACGAGCGAGAACUGUAGCAGAUUGUAGUCCCAUCAAGCAGGUGGAGGUCAAUUUACCUGAUCUUCCCUAUGCAGAGUUCACAUCCAUCCAUUAUGCGAGGAUGACGGAGAUAAUCGACGAUAGAUGCUUCCUCUGA